AUGACCUGGUUUCUGUGCCUGUGUAUCUUUUUGGCUGUGGGUCUGGCUUUUUUAGUUCUACAGCUGAAACUCAGAACAUCUUUGCGUGGCCCUCAGGAACCUCCUUGCCUUCCAGCACUACCUUUGAUUGGCAGUCUGCUGAGUUUGAAGAGCCCACAUCCUCCUCAUGUGCUUUUUAAAGAGCUGCAGCAAAAAUAUGGGCAGACGUACUCUCUGAUGAUGGGCUCUCACAGUGUCAUUAUCGUCAACCAUCACACGCACGCCAAAGAAGUGCUGAUGAAGAAAGGAAAAGUAUUUGCAGGAAGACCAAGAACUGUGGGUGAACUUCUUGUACUUCUUCUUCUUCUUCUUCUUCUUCUUCUUCUUCUUCUUCUUCUUCUUCUUCUUCUUCUUCUUCAAGCAGCACUAUUGAUAUUUACUCCUUUCCCACAUCUUUUAUGAAGGUAACCACAGACAUCCUGACCAGAGAGGGGAAGGACAUUGCAUUUGGAGACUACAGCACUACCUGGAGGUUCCACAGGAAAAUCGUGCAUGGAGCUCUGUGCAUGUUUGGAGAGGGCUCUGCCGCCAUUGAAAAGAUCAGUGAGUACAGCUCCUACUACACACGUACAAAUCCUCUCACAUUGCAUGAUGGUUGUAGACUGUAAAUACUUUUUAGUUUGCUCUCUUUACCUUCAAAAACAGAUACUCAGGUACUCCUCUUCUCUGCCAUCUAAGUGAUUUUACUCCAUGCAGAUAAUUCGGGUUUUGUUUGUCCAAUUCCUAAGUUCAUUAAACAAAAAAGAUUGUCUCUCUAAAAACAUUUAAGAGUGCAUUUGUAACUUUGUACUGUAACUUUUAAAAUUGUACAUAGACUGUACAUAGAGGUUCUUGAAGACAUUUCGUCUCUCUUUCUAAGGGCUUCUUCAGUUCUAAAAUGAUUGGUGCCAAAGUUGGAAAUUUGUAGCCUCUGUUGGAGAAAGAGAGUCUGUAACACGGACGCAGGCAUUUUAGAUGUACAAUUUUCAUCUUUUCUCUAGGGUUUUGACAACAUAUAUUUACCCUGUGAUUUGACUCUUUGCAUACAUCAAGUAUGGACACCAAACUUUCUAACUUUGCAGCUUUUGUUGUCAAUGUGGAAAAGUAUAACACCACCCCUUUAAACUUAUUUACAAAUAUUGCUUUCUAUUUCUAUCAAGUCUGUUCGGCUAAAUGCAGCUCAAUAAUCCACGCUCCACCUUUAAGCGUGCCAGGACAUUACUUAGCAAGUUUUUGAGGCACAACAUUAAAACCUUGUCCCCUGUCCCUUGUGUCUUUUUCAGUCAGUACAGAGGCUAGGUCUUUGUGCUCCAUCCUGUCUGAAGCAUCAGUAGCCGGACUGGCCCUGGAUAUGUCUCCUGAACUGACUCGGGCUGUCACCAAUGUCAUCUGUGCGCUCUGCUUUAACUCCUCCUACCAGCGAGGCGACCCCGAGUUUGAGGCCAUGCUGAGCUACAGCCAAGGCAUUGUAGAUACAGUGGCAAAGGACAGCCUGGUGGACAUCUUCCCUUGGCUCCAGGUAGAGGAGAUGUGGAGAAAUGUUAAAAUUACAGAACUGUAGAGUACGAAACAAAGUGUUAGAACAAAGGAAAUGAAGAAAAUGAACAGGGGGAUAUCUAUAGAUGCAACAAAUUACAUUAUUAGACUUAUUAUCAUAGGAUUUCAAACGUUAAAUAUCCAUUAAUGCUGCUGUACAGCAGCAAAAUGUGUCAGCUGUUUCUUUUUUCAUCCUUCAAAUGUAUCCCAAAAAGCCUAGCCUUUCUGUCUUUUCCGUUGUCACAGAUUUUCCCCAAUGCUGACUUGCAUCUCCUCAAGCAGUGUGUUGCAGUCAGAGACCAACUUCUACAGAAGCAGUUUGAUAAACACAAGGUAAUGCUGGCCUCUGGUGAAUGUUAUAUGCCAACACUGAUGGGGUAGAGGGCCUCCAUAUAUGUCCCUAAACUCUUUUUUAACCUAAUAUAGUGAAAAUAGAGACCGUUUCACACUAGCAUAUCUUGUAAAAUUUAUGUUUGUAAAACAUAAAGUUGAAGGGACCAAGCCAAAUAAAAGAUUUGUCAGUUUGUUCAGUUGUUAACUUUUUAUAACUUCCUAUAAGUUUAAAGAUCUGCAUAACAAAAAGUUGUCACCAGCGUGCAGAUUUUAUGAAGAGCAUUUUAAAAAGUUGGGACUAUUUUGCCUCUAGACAGAGGGAUAAACCGAUGGGUUGUUACUAAUCCAGCUCGUGGACCUCCUGUCAGUCCAUCUCAGCAGUCAACCACCACUCAAGUCAGUGUCGUGUAUUUUCAGCGUUGUGAAUGAUGUAUAUGAACACGGUGUCCCCUUCAAGGCAGACUACAGUGACCACGUUCAGAGAGACCUGCUAGACGCUCUGUUGAGAGCCAAACGCAGCGCAGAGAACAACAACACCAUAGAGAUUAGUGCAGACUCUGUGGGCCUCAGCGACGACCACCUUCUCAUGACUGUGGGGGACAUCUUUGGGGCCGGAGUGGAAACCACCAGCACUGUGCUCAAAUGGGCCAUCACUUACCUCAUCCACUACCCUCAGGUAAAGCUCCAGGUGGUCUGUCGAGUGUGUAAAGGUUUCUGUCAUAGUGCGCGACGAGAUAUUUUUUUCCCAUGAUCUUACUUUAGUUGUUACAGUUGUUGUAUUUUGGACUGUCUGGUCCAGUUCAGUUUUAGUUUAACUCGGGAUGAGAAUCUGUUUUUUUUUUUUCAAAUUCCAUCCAUGUAAUGACCUAACUUGAAACAUUAAGGGACUUAUCCAUGUAAAAGACAUUUGGCUGCAGUUCGUUUUCAGACCGCUAGAGGCUACUGUGCCUCCACUGAUAUUUGGAUACGUCUUUCCAUAUCCAAGUCAUCUGAAUUUGUAGAUGCCCUAUCUUUUGUCGCUGGUUCCUGUAACUUUCACAUCUGUUAUUUUAAAACCCAGAUCACAAUGAGUUAAGAUGUUUGUUUUUUAAUUCAGACAUUGAACCUUCCCACUUGUAACUCACUGGUAUUGUAGAGUUUACAACCUCGACUCCUCAUCAACUGCAGUGAAAAACAAACUGGCAGUGUAGUUUGCUAAUACCAGUCCUGGAGCUAACAAACUCCAAACUCAUUGAAGUCACACAUUCGAAGGAAAUUCUCGCUUGAGUGUUUCUGACCUACAAAAUAAAGACAGUGCCUCCCAAAAGCUCAGUUGAGUCAGACAGCUCCAGUUUGAAUAGUUUGAAAUGUUGAUUGCAGCAGCAGAAUGGUGUUUGUGUUCAGCAUCAAGGCUCCAACCUCAUCCCUCCUCACAGUUUAAAUUUUACCUGUGGAAACCGAGAAGUGGUGAGGCAACAUCUUUAGUUCCCUGAGGAAAUAGAUAGAGGCAGAGGAAAUAGAUUGCUGAAUUUGGAGAAUAUUAGAUUAGAUCAGAUUAGGUUAGAUUAGAUUAGAUAGACUUUAUUGAUCCUUUUGGGAAGGUUCCUUUAAAGAAAUUUAAAUUCUAGCAGCAUCAGCAUCUGAAAAAAAAAACAGAAGGAGCAAAUAAAUAAGAAAUAAAAAUGCUAUAUAUAAAGAUUUAAUGAAACUUCAGAUAAUCUAACUUUUUAAAUUUUUAAAAAAAGUUAGCUGUAAAGCCAUGUGAAAUUAACUAGCUCUCAGGCUUCACCUUUGAGAAAGACUUGGUUGUGUUAAAAACAAGUAUGUUACAGUAUUGUGGUGUUUGUGUUAAGGUGCAGAAACAUAUCCAAGAGGAGCUGGACAGUAUCGUUGGCGUGGACCGGUCACCUCAGCUUAGUGACAAAGGCAGUCUGCCAUACCUGGAGGCCACCAUCAGGGAAGUGUUAAGGAUCCGCCCUGUGGCCCCUCUCUUUAUCCCCCAUGUGGCCCUCAGUGACAACAGGUAUACGACUGAUACCCUCAUUCUGGCCCGUCCACCUUUGAGCCAUCUCCACCCACAGAUGCAGUUCAUUCCUGACAGAUUAGAAAAAUGAAAACAGCAUUACUGCGUGUUGUUUCCACCAAAGGACUGAUGGUUGGGUUUUGUUCAUGACUUUUUCCUUUUCUUCUUUGCAUUGCCAUCUCUUCCAUAUUCUACAGCAUCGGGGAUUUCAUGGUGAGGAAAGGAACUCGAGUAGUCAUCAACCUGUGGUCUCUGCACCACGAUGAGAAGGAAUGGAAAAACCCUGAACUCUUUGACCCCGGUGAGAGGAAACUCAUGCACAAUCCACCAUCUUUCAUCUCUACAAGUGUCAUACAACUGUUGUUCGACCUGAACUGUUCCUUAAAUUUGUGUAACUAUUUUGGCUGAAAUAGAAAAUGAAUGUUUUGAUGUAGAUUUUUUUUUUUAUAAAGUAGAAAUCAAAGGUGUCCUAGAAGAAUUUAAUAGUAUACCUCUGGCUAAAAGUCCUAAACAUAAAACCCAGCAUUUGACCUUCAGGCUGUUCAAGAAUUGUCCUGAGUCUCUCCAUUCUGGUCUCUGCCCUCUGACUCUUCCUAAAUUGUUUUGCUGAUAGGUUUUCAUUUCAUCACCACAGCCGAAUUAUUUCUAUUACACCCAUAUGUCAGAAUUUAUUAGCUUGGUUCUGUGGCCAGGGUUUUUGCUAAAUAAUCCUGGACAAUGAGCCUUGUCUGUCUGAUACUCUGCACACAUCAUUGAUUUAAUUUCUGCUGCUGUGAUAUUAUUCCAUUUCAGAAUUUAAGGGAGACUGCACCUCUUGUGCAAGAAUAUCAGCGCUGAAUUGAUGAAAAAAGAAAGAAAAAAGAAAGAAAAAAUAGUGGAAAGCAAAAUGGUAGAAAAGGGUGCAUGUAAUUUUCUUUUUACAAUAUUAAACAUUUCUAAAGUCAAAUAAGUAAAGAAGGCACUUCUCCCAUAAAUACAAGAUUUCUCUUAAACUUCAGUCAUUUUCAUGCAUUUGGUAGCUUGGCCAAGUGGUUCAGUCAGCUGUCUCUAGAUCAGAGGGUCAGGGGUUUGAUCCCAGGUCCUGCUGUCAUCAUGUCAGAGUGUACUCUGGAGAGACACUUUUCCCUUGAAGUGGCCCCAGUGGCUCCACCCAAAGGUUUGUAUGUGAAUGGGAUUAGUUCGUAGUGGUUGGUGCUUUACAUAGCAGCCUCUGCCAUCAGUGUAUAAAUGUGAUGUUCAUAGAAAAGAUAAUAUAUAACUGCUUUAAGUGGUCAGAAGAGAAGUUAAGAUAAAGUUAUGCUUUCUUCAUAUGCUGACCUAAAGACGGAUAAAGCAGCAGCCUAGUUUGAACCGUGUUGGUACUGUUAGUUGUAUCCUUACCAUGUGGGCUAGAGUUGGCAUGUUUUGGUAUAAUUGGAUGGAGGGUUGAAGUUAGUCUGAGUUUAGGUGUAAUUAGUUGAAGGUUUGAAUUGCUGUGUGUUUUUGUGUAAAUAGUUAGAAAGUUGAAGUAGGUGUGCUUUGGUGUAAUUAGUUGAAGGUUUAAAUUGGUGUGUGUGUGUUUGUAUAAAUAGUUAGAAAGUUGAAGUUGGUGUGUUUUGGUGUAAUUAGUUGGAGGUUAGGGCGGCGCAGUGGUGUAGUGGUUAGCACUGUCGCCUCACAGCGAGAAGGUCCUGGGUUCGAAUCCGGGUCAGGGCAUUUCUGUGUGGAGUUUGCAUGUUCUCCCUGUGUCUGUGUGGGUUUACUCCGGGUACUCCAGUUUCCUCCCACAUCCAAAAACAUGCUUAAGUGGGGUUAGGUUAAUUGGCCACUUCCAAAUUGCCCAUAGGUGUGAAUGUGAGUGUGAAUGGUUGUUUGUCUGUAUAUGUCAGCCCUGCGAUGAACUGGCAACUUGUCCAGGGUGUCCCCAGCCUUUGCCCGAAGAUGCUGGGAUAGGCUCCAGCCCCCCUGGGAACGGGAACAAGCGGUAGAAAAUGGAUGGAUGGAUAGUUGGAGGUUUGCAGUCGGUGUGUUUUAAUCCUGGUCUCUGUGUUCCCUGUCUUGCAGGUCGGUUCUUGAACAGUGAAGGCACAGGUCUGAUCAUCCCCUCUGCCAGUUACCUGCCAUUUGGUGCCGGGAUCAGGGUGUGUCUUGGUGAGGCUCUGGCCAAGAUGGAGCUCUUCCUCUUUUUGUCCUGCAUCCUCCAGCGCUUCACCUUUUCUGUCCCAACAGACCACCCCUUGCCUAGCCUGGAGGGCAAGUUCGGUGUGGUCCUCCAGCCUGCCAAGUACAAGGUGUAUGCCAUGCCCAGACCGGGCUGGGAGAUAAACAAAAGCCAGCCAUGCUGAGACUGUCCCCAAACAGCAACACAUCUCAGCUGUGACCAGAGAGUCUGUGAGGCUUUAUUUCAGCCAAACACAACCAUGCAGACUUUUAACCCAGCAUGGAUCACUGGACUGAUCAUACUGCAAAACUGUACACUGAACUUUUUUCAUUGUUUCUUUAUCAUUUGUCUGUCUCACUCAGAUCUCCCUCAAAGAUAAAACAGAAAAAGCAGAGAGAAAGGCAUUGUUUGAAAAUCCCUGUGCCUGUUAUCUAUGUAUUUGAGAUAAUGUUUCUAAUGUCAGAGCUUUUAUAUUUUUAAACCAUCUCGUUUCCCAUCAUCACGCUUGGAAGACACCAAGCAGUAGGUGUUUUAUGGCAACUUUGCAUAAACUGUACAGCACAAUGAAAUGAAGAUGGUGCAUGAUCAUCAAAAUCCUCUUUUACAUGUUUAAGCUCCACACUACAGGUUAAUUUGCAU